GUCCUGAAGGAGACAAAGGAACAGCUUGACCUGCUGCCGGGGGAGGGGCAGGAUGGAGCCCGUGGCCCCCAGGAAAGCUGGUUCUGAGCAAGAGGAGGGCUUUGGGGUGCACGCCAGGAGGGCCGCAGACCUGGGGAUGGUCCCCAACCUCCGUCGAAGCAACAGCAGCCUUUGCAGGAACAGGCGGCUUGCCGGGGGUCUUCAGCAGCAGCGAGAAGAAAACCUGACGUCCUGGAUCCCUGAGAACAUCAAGAAGAAGGAAUGUGUGUAUUUCGUGGAAAGUUCCAAGCUGUCGGAUGCGGGGCGGGUGGUGUGUGCGUGCGGCUACACGCGAGAGCAGCACCUGGAGGAGGCCACCAAGCCCCACGCCUUCCAGGGCAAGGAGUGGGACCCCAAGAAGCACGUCCAGGAGAUGCCCACGGACGCCUUCGGGGACAUCGUCUUCACGGGCCUGGGCCAGAAGGCUGGCAAGUACGUCCGGGUGUCCCAGGACACGCCCUCCAGCCUGAUCUACCACCUCAUGACCCAGCACUGGGGCCUGGACGACCCCAACCUCCUCAUCUCGGUGACGGGAGGGGCCAAGAACUUCAACAUGAAGCUCAGGCUGAAGAACAUCUUCCGCCGAGGCCUGGUCAAGGUGGCCCAGACCACAGGGGCCUGGAUCAUCACGGGGGGCUCCCACGCGGGCGUGAUGAAGCAGGUGGGCGAGGCCGUGCGGGACUUCAGCCUGAGCAGCAGCUACAAGGAGGGCGGGGUCACCACCAUCGGCGUGGCCACGUGGGGCACCAUCCACAACCGGGAGGGGCUGGUCCACCCCACGGGCGGCUUUCCCGCCGAGUACCUGCUGGACGAGGAGGGCCAGGGGAACCUGACCUGCCUGGACAGCAACCACUCGCACUUCAUCCUCGUGGACGACGGGACCCACGGCCAGUACGGGGUGGAGAUUCCCCUCAGGACCAAGCUGGAGAAGUUCAUAUCGGAGCAGACGAAAGAGAGAGGAGGCGUGGCCAUCAAGAUCCCCAUCGUGUGCGUGGUGCUGGAGGGCGGCCCCGGCACGCUGCACACCAUCUACAACGCCAUCACUAACGGCACGCCCUGCGUGGUGGUGGAGGGCUCGGGCCGCGUGGCCGAUGUCAUCGCCCAGGUGGCCAACCUGCCCGUCUCCGAGAUCACCAUCUCGCUGAUCCAGCAGAAGCUCAGCGAGUUCUUCCAGGAGAUGUUCGAGACCUUCACCGAGAGCAGCAUCGUCGAGUGGACCAAAAAGAUUCAGGACAUCGUCCGGAGGCGGCAGCUGCUGACCGUCUUCCGCGAAGGCAAGGAUGGCCAGCAGGACGUGGACGUGGCCAUCCUGCAGGCCUUGCUGAAAGCCUCGCGCAGCCAGGACCACUUCGGCCACGAGAACUGGGACCACCAGCUGAAGCUGGCGGUGGCGUGGAACCGUGUGGACAUUGCCCGCAGCGAGAUCUUCACGGACGAGUGGCAGUGGAAGCCCUCAGAUCUGCACCCCACCAUGACGGCCGCCCUCAUCUCCAACAAGCCGGAGUUUGUGAAGCUCUUCCUGGAGAACGGGGUGCGGCUGAAGGAGUUUGUCACCUGGGACACCCUGCUCUACCUCUACGCCAACCUGGAGCCCUCCUGCCUGUUCCACUACAAGCUGCACAAGGUGCUGGCAGAGGAGCCGGAGCGGCCCUGCGCGCCCGGCCCCGCCCGCGUCCACAUGCACCACGUGGCCCAGGUGCUGCGCGAGCUCCUGGGCGACUCCACGCAGCCCCUGUACCCGCGGCCCCGCCACGGCGACCGGCCCCGGCUCUCGCUGCCCGUGCCCCACAUCAAGCUCAACGUGCAGGGCGUGAGCCUCCGGUCCCUCUACAAGCGCCCCGCCGGCCAGGUGGCCUUCACCAUGGACCCCGUCCGUGACCUCCUCAUCUGGGCCAUCGUCCAGAACCGGCGGGAGCUGGCAGGGAUCAUCUGGGCCCAGAGCCAGGACUGCAUCGCGGCGGCGCUGGCGUGCAGCAAGAUCCUGAAGGAGCUGUCCAAGGAGGAGGAGGACACGGACAGCUCGGAGGAGAUGCUGGAGCUGGCCGAGGAGUUUGAGCACAGAGCCAUCGGCGUCUUCACCGAGUGCUACCGGAAGGACGAGGAGCGGGCGCAGAAGCUGCUGGUGCGCGUGUCGGAGGCCUGGGGGAAGACCACCUGCCUGCAGCUCGCCCUGGAGGCCAAGGACAUGAAGUUUGUGUCCCACGGGGGGAUCCAGGCCUUCCUGACCAAGGUGUGGUGGGGCCAGCUGUGUGUGGACAACGGGCUGUGGCGGGUGGUGCUGUGCAUGCUGGCCUUCCCGCUGCUCUUCACGGGCCUCAUCUCCUUCAGGGAGAAGAGGCUGCAGGCCGAGGGCGGCCCGGCCCGCGCCCGCGCCUUCUUCAACGCGCCCGUGGUCAUCUUCCACCUGAACACCCUGUCCUACUUCGCCUUCCUCUGCCUGUUCGCCUACGUGCUCAUGGUGGACUUCCAGCCCGCACCCUCCUGGUGUGAGUGCCUCAUCUACCUCUGGCUCUUCUCCCUAGUGUGCGAGGAGAUGCGGCAGCUCUUCUACGACCCUGAUGAGUGUGGGCUCAUGAAGAUGGCGUCCUUGUACUUCAGCGACUUCUGGAACAAGCUGGACGUGGGCGCCAUCGUGCUCUUCAUAGCCGGGCUGACCUGCCGGCUCGUCCCGGCCACGCUGUACGCGGGCCGCGUCAUCCUGUCCCUGGACUUCAUCAUGUUCUGCCUGCGGCUCAUGCACAUCUUCACCGUCAGCAAGACGCUGGGGCCCAAGAUCAUCAUCGUGAAGAGGAUGAUGAAGGACGUCUUCUUCUUCCUCUUCCUCCUGGCCGUGUGGGUGGUGUCCUUCGGGGUGGCCAAGCAGGCCAUCCUCAUCCACAACGAGCGCCGCGUGGACUGGAUCUUCCGAGGGGUCGUCUACCACUCCUACCUCACCAUCUUCGGGCAGAUCCCAGCCUACAUCGACGGCGUGAAUUUCGACCUGGACCAGUAGCCCAACGGCACGGACCCCUACAAGCCCAAGUGCCCAGAGAGCGACGUGGCGCGGGAGGCGCCCGCCUUCCCGCAGUGGCUGACCGUGCUCCUGCUCUGCCUCUACCUGCUCUUCGCCAACAUCCUGCUGCUCAACCUCCUCAUCGCCAUGUUCAACUACACGUUCCAGGAGGUCCAGGAGCACACGGACCAGAUCUGGAAGUUCCAGCGCCACGACCUGAUUGAGGAGUACCACGGCCGGCCCCCCGCCCCGCCGCCCCUCAUCCUCCUCAACCACCUGCAGCUGCUCAUCAAGAGGAUGGUCCUCAAGAUCCCUGCCAAGCGGCACAAGCAGCUCAAGAACAAGCUGGAGAAGAACGAGGAGGCGGCCCUGCUGUCCUGGGAGCUUUACCUGAAGGAGAACUACCUUCAGAACCAACAGCACCAGCAGCGCCAGAGGCCGGAGCAGAAGAUCCAGGACAUCAGCGGGAAAGUGGACGCCAUGGUGGGCCUGCUGGACAUGGACCGUGUGAAGAGGUCGGGCUCCAUGGAGCAGAGGCUGGUGGCCCUGGAGGAGCAGGUGACGCGCACCGCCAGAGCCCUGCAGUGGGUCGUGACCUCCCUGAAGGACGCCGGCUUCGGCUCGGCGGCAGCUGCGCCCACCCUGGCCCCUCAGAAGCCCUGCGAUGAGCCGGACGGGGACCUGGGCGAGAAGAAGGCGGAAGAGCCGGGCGACGGCUACCACGUGAACGCCCGGCACCUCCUGUACCCCAGCUCCCCGGUCACGCGCUUCCCCGUGCCCAACGAGAAGGUGCCGUGGGAGGCUGAGUUUCUGAUCUACGACCCUCCUUUUCACACGGCCGAGAGGAAGGACGUGGUCCUCGUGGAUCCCGUGGGAGACUCCCCGGAACCACUGACCAGGAUCCGCUACAACGCCCUGGACGGACUGACAGACCGGCGCAGCUUCCACGGGGCAUACGUGGUCCAGGACGGGCUCCCUCUGAACCCCAUGGGCCGCACGGGGCUGCGAGGACGCGGCAGCCUCAGCUGGUUUGGACCCAACCACACGCUGCACCCCGUGGUCACCCGGUGGAGGAGGAAUCAGGACGGAGCCAUCUGCCGGAAGAGCAUCAAGAAGAUGCUGGAGGUUCUGGUGGUGAAGCGCCCCAGCUCCGAGCACUGGGCCUUGCCAGGGAGCUCCGGAGCCCGGAGACACCCGGCCUGGGCAGGUGGAUCGUGGAACGGCGCGGGGCAGAGCUGA